AUGGAUACUGGAAUUGCUGUCUCUCAUGAUGCUUCCGAAGAUGGCAAUAUCCAAUUUGAAGAUGUUGUUAUUCCCACGCCUACAGUGCAGACCGUGCUGAGGGAUUCCGACGACGAGGAGGAUGACGACAUUUUCGAAGACGUCGCCAUCGAGCCCGCCGUGCCAUCGGCCGCCAUCGCCGGAGAAGGGUUCAAGGCAUUGAAUCUGGAUCUUUCCGCCCAUAUGGCUGCCAUGGGUCCUCGCCGUGCCGACCGUCGCAAGGCCCUCAGCAAUGAGGAGAGGGAGCGUCGUGUUGAGGCCCACAAAGUACACCUAGUCUGUCUUCUUGCUCACUUAGAGCUCAGGAACAGGUGGUGUAACGACCCAGAGGUCCAGGAGACUCUUCGGCCAUUGCUCCCCCAAAAGACGGUCAGUGCCCUGGUUCCCCGGGCCAGUCUGAACCAAUUUGGACGUUCAGAGUCCUUGAAGAAGGGUCUUCAGGAGGCGAAGGAGCUCUUUAAGAUGGCGUUUUCCAUCACUGAGCGAGGUUUAUGGAGAGCCCUGUGGGCUGGAGACGAAGAACAGCUCAAGAAUUACCAACUCCCUGAUGACAUGGAGUCCACGCUGGACAAGAGUGACUUUCUCGAGGCAGCUAGAAGAAUGCAAGGGUCGCGUGAUGUUGGUGCCCAGCUGUUCUGCGCCCUGCUCCGGUCCGUGGGUGUCCAAGCUCGACUGGUCUGCUCGCUGCAGCCCCUACCCUUCGUUCCCGGAGCCCCUUCGAUGCCAAAACAACGGAAAGCUUCGACACCACAAAAUCAGCCAUCCAAAGCCGAGCUAUACGCCGCAGCAGUGGCCAAACAUGAAACAAAGUUCCCCGAGUUCCAGGCCGGCGCAACAACGCCCUCUCCCCGUCGACGGCUUGGCCACCCACACGCCGCCGCCUAUCACAUCCCAUCAGUAACUGCAUCCUCGCAUUCCCCAUCCCAACUCUCUGUGUCGACCCCUAGGAUGAUCCGCGGCGAGUCGCCAUUUCCGGUCUACUGGGUUGAAGUGCUCGACGUCGCCCACCAGAAAUGGCACCCCGUCGACCCCCUCGUCACAUGCACCCAGUGCAAACCCCGCGCACUCGAACCCCCACCUUCUGACACCCUCAACAACCUAACCUACACCAUCGCUUUCGCAGCCGACAGCAGCGCAGUCGACGUAACCCGUCGCUACGCCAAAGCCUACACCUCCAAGACCCGCAAACAGCGCAUCGACGGCUUCCCCACCACCCUCAACCCCACCACCAGCAGCGGCAGCAGCAGCACCAAUCUAACCGGCGGCGCCCGCUGGUACCGCCGCCUGCUCUCGCGCUACACCCGCCCCCUGCCGACCGACCUGGAACAAAUCGAGCUCAACGAGCUCGCGGCCGAGGAAGCGCGCGAGCCAAUGCCGCGGAAUGUCGCCGACUUCAAGGACCAUCCCGUCUAUGCCCUGGAGCGGCACCUCCGACGGCACGAGGUGCUCGUUCCCGGGGCGCAGCCCAGUGGGACGGUGAGUGCGGGGGCCAAGGCGGGGGCACAGUUGGAGCGGAUAUAUCGACGGAAGGAUGUCAGGGUUGCGAGGACGAGGGAGAAGUGGUAUCGUCUUGGGAGGGUUGUGAGAGACGGGGAGGAGCCGGUGAAGAGUUUGCCGAAGAGGAAGGUGAGGAGGAAAGGUGGUGGGUUUGAGAGUGAUGAGGACGGAAAAGCUGAUGGGGCUGUGGAUGAUCCGGACAGGGUGGGGUUGUUUGGUGAUGCUGCGCUGGGGUAUGUCCCGCUUUAUAUGAUGGAGCAGACCGAUGCGUAUGUCGCGCCGCCUGUGGUGGAUGGGAGGGUGCCCAAAAACAAGUUUGGAAACAUCGAUUUGUAUGUCCCGAGUAUGGUGCCGCGCGGUGGGGUGCAUAUCAGGCAUGACAGGGCGGCCCAGGCGGCGUUUAUACUGGGGUUGGACUAUGCGCCGGCGCUGACGGGGUUUGAGUUCCGCGGGAGGCAGGGUACGGCUGUGUUAAACGGGGUUGUGGUGCCGGAGGAGGCGGAAGAGGCGGUCUCGGCGGUUGUUCAGGGGCUGGUGGAAAUGGAGGCGGAGGAGGAGCAGGAGAGGAGGUCGAGGAGGGCAUUGAGGAUGUGGAGUCGAUUUUUGAAGGAGUUGAGGAUCCGGGAGAGGAUAUGGGCUGGGGUAGAUGUGGAGGUGGAGGCGGAGGAGGAACCCGAGAGCAAGCGCAAAGGGAAAGAGGCGGUGCUGGAGGAGGAUGUUUGGAUGGAGGGAGAUCCGAGUGAGGAUGAUACGGGAGGAGGUGGGUUCUUUGUCCCGGACGAGGACGAUGAGGAUGAUGGUGGCAGCGGUGGGUUCAUUGUCGAGUGA